CCAAUCACCAAACGGGUAUGCUAUGCAUAAAAACUACUAGAAGUUGAGAUUUUUACUGUAUUUUGCAAGGGAUCGAGUAGUUUUCACAUGCUAGACCUUACUAGCUGCAAUGGUCAUAUGUUUAGAUCUCCUGAACAUGCAAAGCAUAAGAAAUUCCAUCUUGAGGCAUGUGAGGGUGAGGGGAUCGGCUGAAAGGUGGUUUUUAGCUGAGAACCGGAAUGUGCUCCAGCAGUUGAGCCACCAGAUGUGCUCAUCAACAACUACCGGCCCUGAUCAAAUAAUGGAUCGAGUGAUUGGACUGGUUAAGAAAUUCGACAAAAUCGAUGCUUCUAAGGUUACCGAAACAGCUGAUUUUCAAAAGGACUUAAGCCUGGACAGCUUAGACAGGGUAGAGCUUGUUAUGGCUUUUGAGCAAGAAUUCUCCAUGGAGAUCCCUGACGAGAAAGCAGAUAAGCUUACGUGCUGUGCAGAUGUUGCAAAGUACAUUGUUUCUGUUGCUUAGCAAAAAGUUGUGGAGAAGUCCUCUUAUGCUUGUCAAUCUUACCAUGCGUUCAAGGUUUUAUUGGAGGAUGUGUCCUCUAUGGUUUCUUGUUAUCGAUUACUCUUAUUGGCUGCAAAAUUUCUCUUUGGGUUCGCCUUGAUGUUGCUUUAGAACACUCUGUGUUCUUACAUAAUUCUCUUAUAGUUAUUGAUACUACAAUUCAAUCAUUUCAA